AUGUCAACACAAGAUGAAGUUAUAUAUAAAUUAUCAAAUAAACCUAAGGAAGAAGAUUUAAAUAAAAUUAAAAAUAUAUUUAAUACAAAUUAUAAAAAUUUAAUUACUUAUAGAAUUAAUAAUCAAGAUUUAUAUAUAAGAUCAGAUCAAUUAAAUAAUAUAAAUGAAUUACAAAUACUAAAAGAACUUGAAGAUAUAGGAUUAACAAAUAUUCAAAUAUGUUCAUCGACAAUACCAACUAUUCAAACAUCAGUAUCUAUUCAAGGAAUGACAUGUGGAGCUUGUUCUGCAAGUAUAACAGAAUCUUUAGAAUCACAACCUGGUAUAACAAAAGCAUCUAUAUCAUUAGUUACUGAAAAUGGAUCAAUAACUCAUUCAAAAAAUUUUCCACUAGAUCAAAUAAUAUCAAUAAUAGAAGAUUGUGGAUUUGAUGCACAAUUGAAUAAAAUACCUCACUCAAUUUUAAAACCCACCACAACAAAAUUACUACAAACUACUAUCGGAAUAUCAGGGAUGACUUGUGGAGCUUGUUCCAGUUCUAUAACGAAUGCAUUAGAAAAUCUAGAAGGGGUUACUUAUGUAUCUGUAUCACUAAUAACUGAAGAAGCAUUAGUUAAACAUACAUCUUUAAUAUCAACAAGUCAAUUAAAAGAAGUUAUAGAAGAUUGUGGAUUUGACGUAACGUCUAUACGGAGUGUUGAUAUAGAUGACAAUUUCAGUAGUUCAAACGAAGAUAACAUCGAAGAAGAGGAAGUUAAUUUGAAAAUUGUUGGAAUACAUUCGGAGAUGGAUUUACAUGACUUAAAAUAUAAUAUUGAAGCAUUGAUACAAAGUUUUCCUGGCAUUAAAGAUUACAAUUUAACACUACUAGGAAAUGAUCUAAAGGAAUCUGCGCAAGACUUAAUUAUAGAAAAUGAUAAUGAUGUUAAAGAAUUAACUAGUGAAUUGAAUUUCAUUUAUGACUCUAAAUCUAUUGGUAUAAGAGAUAUAGUUGAUGGGCUUAACAACAUUAAUGAUGAUAUAGAAUUUUUUGUAUUUAAUUCCGUUGAUCAAUCAUCAGCUUCACAAUUAAAUUUACUUUCAAAAGUUAAAGAUAUAAAAUAUUGGACAAAUAUUUUUUUACAAAGUUUGAUACUAGGAGUGCCAGUAAUAAUAUUAGUACAUACUGAAAAAACUCAAUUUUGGAAAAAUUUAGUAAUAUUUAAAGGGUUGUAUGUAGUUACAUUAAUUGAAUUAGUCAUUUCAACAUAUGUUCAAUUUCAUUUAGGUCAAACUUUUAUUAAAAAGUUUGCAUCAUUUUUGAGAAAAAAUUUCAAAGGUGCAUCAAUGGAUGUAUUGGUUUGUAUAUCAACAAUGGUAACUUAUAUUUUUUCAUUAACUUCAAUAAUAUUAAGUGUUUGGAAUGGUAGAACUGAAAAUCCACCAAAAGUGUUAUUUGAUACUUUAGUAAUGUUAGUAUGCUUUGUUUCAUUUGGUAAAUUAUUGGAAAAUAAGGCUAAAGGUGCAACUUCAACUGCAUUAUCAAGUUUAUUAUCAUUGACUCCUUCGAUGUGUACAAUUAUUGAUGAUCCAAUGAAUUAUAGUAGUUCAGAUUCCGAAAAUGAAAAAUCAAAUAAAUUCACUCAAGAUUUUAAAACAAGAAAUAUUUCAAUUGAUUUAGUACAACCUAACGAUGUAGCUAUAGUUUUACCGGGUGGGAAAGUACCAGCAGAUGGUGUCUUGGUGUUUGGAGAAUCAGAAAUAGAUGAAAGUUUAAUUACUGGUGAACCAUUACCGGUAUAUAAAUCAAAGGGUGAUCCAGUUAUUGGAGGAUCAAUGAAUGGACCUCAUUUAAUACACAUGAAAGUUACCAAAACUGGUAAAAAAUCUCAAUUACAUCAAAUUAUAAAUUUAGUUAAAGAAUCACAAGUUAAUAAAGCACCAGUCCAAAGAUUUUCCGAUUAUAUUGCUGCGAGAUUUGUACCAUCAGUUAUGUUAUUAUCAAUUAUAACUUUUAUUAUUUGGUCAAUUAUUUGUUAUAAUAUUCAUCCUGAUGGUUUACCAAUGAUUUUUAAACUGAAUGAAAAUGGUAAAUUAUUUGUUUGCUUACAAAUCGCUAUAUCAGUUGUUGUUGUUGCAUGUCCAUGUGCAUUAGGUUUAGCUGCUCCAACAGCUGUAAUGGUUGGUACUGGAGUUGGUGCAUUAAAUGGUGUAUUAAUAAAAGGUGCAGAUAUCUUGGAAAAAACAACUUCAAUUAAUAUUAUUUUAUUUGAUAAAACUGGGACUUUGACUACUGGUGAAAUGUCAUUAGUUCAAUACAAGGCAGAAUUAAAAGAAUCAGAAUUAACUGAGUCAGAUUGGUGGAAAUUAAUUGGAUCUGUUGAAUGUAAUUCAGAACAUCCUGUUGGUAAAGCUUUAACCAAACUGGCUAAAUCUAAAUUAGGUUUAACUUUUGAAGAAGAUACUUUUGACACAGAUAUUGAAUCUUUGAAUGUAUUGAUUGGAUCAGGUAUCGAGGCCACAAUCACGAUAAAAUCAAGGAAAUAUGAUGUGAACAUAGGUAACAUUAAGAUGAUUGGAGAUAGAUUUGAGAAUUUAUUACCAGAAAUUAAUCAUUCAAGCUCAAGCAAUACAGUUGUUUAUGUAGUCAUUGAUGAUAAAUAUUCUGGGUUGGUUGAAUUAUCUGACUCAUUAAAAGAAGGAUCUCGUGAAGUUAUAGAAUAUCUCAGAAAUGUUGAAGGAUAUAUCAUUGGAAUGGUAACUGGUGAUAAUAAAGGAUCAGCUUUAAAAAUAGGUAAAGAAGUUGGUAUAUUUGAAGAAAAUAUAUUCUAUGAAGUUUCACCAAUACACAAAGAUAAAGUCAUAACUGAAUUAAAAGAAAGAUAUGGAUCAAAUGCUGGAAUUGCUUUUAUUGGAGAUGGAAUAAACGAUGCACCAGCGUUAGCAAAAGCAGAUGUCGGAAUGGCAAUAAGUUCAGGUACUGAUAUUGCAAUAGAAAGUGCAGAUAUUGUAUUAAUUGGGAAUAAUAAACAUAAUCAAACAGAUUUACAUGGAGUUAUAAAUGCAUUGAAAAUUUCAAACAAAACUUUUGCAAGGAUUAAAUUAAAUUUCAUAUGGGCAGUUAUUUACAAUUUAUUCAUGUUACCUUUCGCAAUGGGAUGUUUUUUACCUUUCAAUUUAAUGUUACCACCAGUUGCUGCAAGUAUUGCAAUGAUGAUCAGUUCAAUUAGUGUUGUUUUAAGUUCAUUACAAUUAAAAUGGUGGAAACCACCAAUAAUUCAUGAAAAGAAAUCAAUGAGUGAUUUAGAGAAUGGUGAAAUUAUUAAUGAUUUUAAUUUGAAAAAUGGAAGUAUUGAAGAAUUUAGUAGGUUUAAGAGAAAAUCAAAAAUUUGGAAUUUCAAUUGGAAAUUUAAUAGAAGAGGAAGAACAAGAUUAACUACUAGAAAUCAAAAUUAUGAAUUGGUUUCUGGAAAUUUUUAA